AUGGCACCCACAGGUAUCGCCAUCCUUGGCUCGGGCAUCUUCGCCAAAGAAGCUCACCUACCUGCGAUUGCAACCGUGGGCCCCUCGGUCGUCGAGUUGAAGGCGAUUUACUCCCGCUCAGAGAAGGGCGCAGCCUCGCUCGCAGAGGAGGCGCAAGCAGCGCUCAAGCUCACAUCGAAGCCAGACGUGUACUUCGAUGCCGCCCCCAACGGGAACCUCGAUGCGCUCCUCGCACGCCCCGACAUCCAGGCUGUCAUCGUCGUGCUCCCCAUCACGACGCAGCCGAGUAUCAUCCGGAAGGCGUUAGGGGCAGGAAAACACGUCCUCAGCGAGAAGCCAGUCGCUCCAGACGUCGCGUCUGGCCUGGAGCUCAUCAAGGAUUACGAGACCGACUACAAGCCCAAGGGCCUGAUCUGGCGCGUCGCGGAGAAUUUUGAGACGGAGUCUGCCUACCAGGUGGCCGCGAAGGCGAUUAGUGAUGGCAAGAUAGGGAAGGUCUCCUUCUACAACGCCCGCGUUGUGAACUACAUGGACACUAGUUCCAAGUGGUAUAACACACCCUGGCGCACCAUCCCAGACUAUCAAGGCGGGUUCUUGCUCGAUGGUGGAGUGCACACCCUCGCGGCGUUGCGAACAAUGCUCCCCAGCCCGAUCAAGAUCGUGUCUGGCUUCGCCUCGCUCAAUCGAGAAUUCCUCAAACCCGAGGACACGAUCAAUGCGAUCGUCCAGUCUGCCGACGGGUCGCAUGGUGUCCUUGACCUCACUUGGGGUGCACCGACCGCUUCAGCUUCUGAGCGCGCAGCGAAGGGCACCACGAUUGUCGGUACCGAUGGUUGGCUUUCUGUGGCCUCGGUCAAGAUCGUUGACGGACCGAAGUCUGUGGGUGGCAUGCGCGUCACCGUUGUCACCGCAAAGAAGGACAAACAUGGGAACGUCACCGGAGAGACGGAGGAGAUCAUCGACAAAGUUUCCGAUGGAGUGCCGAACGAGAUACAGUUCUUCGUCAAUGCGAUCAACGGGUCGGAUAACGGAUUGGGGACACCGUUGGGCGCAUUACGGGAUGUCGCAUUCAUCGAGGCUUCCCUGAACAGUAAAGGCUCACCGAUAGAUGUCGAGAAGCUGAUCAAGCUGGCGUAG